AAAAGAAGCUUCUUUGGAUUCUGAAGACAUUGUGGAAAGCUGCUUGUUGGAGACGCUUGUUGCAGUUAGCAGUUGCUUGAAGAAAUCACACAGCAUACAUAUCCUGAAUGUACCUGGAUCUCUAACUAAAAUCAUGAUGUUGUGGAUUUCCUGCUUGCUUAUUGGCUACAUAACCUGUCAUCCUAUACAACAAGAAACUGCUGCUCCACGCUUCAUGCAUUGGCCACCCCCUUCUAGCUAUCGGUAUUGGGAAAGAAGGGCCAGUUCUGAUCCGGGCAGCAGCUCCUAUCUACCAGUUGUACCCGUACUGAGAUCUAACAACGCUCCUGAACUUCCCGCUCUUCUAGAGGCCAGUUCCAGUGCUGGCCCUGGCAAUUACAGGGCUCCAGAUUUCUACCGCAGCCCUAACAUGGCUGUGGUUAAAGAUGACAAUGCUAGUUUAAGGGAUGAACGCUAUAACAGCCUUGUGGUUCGUGAACCUGAGGUUGCUUAUGCAGCGUCUAGAUAUGACACCAGUGCUCCAGAGGGCAAUGUUGGUAGCUAUUAUAAUUUUAAAGAUGCUAGUUGGAUGGAUGGGCGCUAUAACAACCCUCAGGUCAGUGAGCCUGAGGUUGCAUAUGCAGGGAAUGGUUAUAACAGCAAUAUUCAAGUUGUCGACUAUGGUAGCUCAGCUAGGCCUGGUUUGAGCUCUGAACCUGCUGGUGAAGAGGAACCUAAGCCAGUCUUCAGCGAGGUGGCUGGUCCCGCUCUUCUAGAGGCCAGUUCCAGUGCUGGCCCUGGCAAUUACAGGGCUCCUGCAUAUGCAGGGAAUGGUUAUAACAGCAAUAUUCAAGUUGUCGACUAUGGUAGCUCAGCUAGGCCUGGUUUGAGCUCUGAACCUGCUGGUGAAGAGGAACCUAAGCCAGUCUUCAGCGAGGUGGCUGGUCCCGCUCUUCUAGAGGCCAGUUCCAGUGCUGGCCCUGGCAAUUACAGGGCUCCUGCAUAUGCAGGGAAUGGUUAUAACAGCAAUAUUCAAGUUGUCGACUAUGGUAGCUCAGCUAGGCCUGGUUUGAGCUCUGAACCUGCUGGUGAAGAGGAACCUGAGCCAGUCUUCAGCGAGGUGGCUGGUCUGGAGCCAGUCUCCUCCUUUAGCUCGCGUUCGAGAUACCAACGCAAAAGGUCACAAGUUGCUCAAACCCGCUACAUCCCAGGAGAGCCUGUUCCCUGGCACGCUCCAAGCAAAUAUGUCUUCUAAAGACCUUGCUGGUCUUUAGUUCCAGAUGACUGACUGCUGCUUUUCUUAAUGUCAAUAUACCAAUAAACUGUGCUUUCACAAAGGC